GUCGCCUUCGAAGUUUCUGUCGUCUCCAAAGACUUUCAGACACAUCGCAUGGCAGUGUAUUGGAGACAGGCUCUCAGCCGGUGUCUAGGCUGGGAAUGCCAGAAGCAUGUGAGUGUCCUAUCUCAUCACUGACAGCAUGUGAGGCAUUCGGGGACAAGGCUUUGAAUUCCCACUGAAGUGUUCUUCUCCAAAGGAGGUUCUUGCAUCAGAUCAAUUGCAAUAGCCGUCCUAUCAAAUCAUCACCGGUUACUGUUCUCCUCUGCACUUGGUUAUCUACAUCACUGUGCGCUCGAUAUUGGACAGCUAUGGCGCCAGAUGAUCGUGACAGUUCGGAGCCCCUCGGUUUCAGAGAAAAAGAGAUGUCUGCUUCUCCACCUCCAGGACCGCCUCCAAUGCCGGCGGGUCCCCCCAUUCCUGAGCUAGCUGGCGGAUAUAUCGUCAGUUUUGGGAUCGCCUUCCUGGUUUAUGGUGUCACUGUAGCUCAAGCAUACACCUACCUGCACAGUUGUGACCGAGAUCCAAGGUGGAUGAAGUGGUUGGCUGGCAUUGUCUUCUUUUUGGAGACCAUCCAAUCUGGCUUUCUUUUCCGGGAACUUUACUUCUAUACGGUCCUCACGAUCGGAAAUCCUCAGAAUUUGAUUCGCAUUGAUUGGAGUGUCCCAGUGGUGCUGAUCUCGGACAGUUUCAUUGGAUUUGCAGUGGAGAUUUUCUACAUACAUCGGGUGUGGGCCUUCAGCAAGAAUCUCGUUCUUACGAUCGGAACGGUGUUGCUUCUCCUAGGCUGGAAGGCCGGUCUCCUCUAUGUUUGCGCCGGGACCAUAAGAUUCCCUCUGUGGACUGCCUUCGGGGAGGGUUCCGUUACCAAGAGAGUUAUUAUUUUUACGCUGGCAUGCGUUGUCGCAAUGGAUGGCACCAUCGCCACCUCUAUGGUCUAUUAUCUGAGUCGUAAUCGAUCAUCGAUCAAGAGGACCCGCGAUAUCGUUGUCUGGCUCAUUGCUUACACUGUGAACACCGGUGUCAUCCUUGUUACGAUGUCUACUUGUGCUUUGAUUACGUACCUUGCGCAACCUACAAGUUUGCUAUUCCAUGGGUUCAUUAUCAUCGUCUUCAAACUCUAUGCAAGCUCUCUAUUCGGCGCGUUGAAUACGAAGCACAUGCUUCGAAGCAAGAUGAACCAAGCCGUGGUCAUCGGUACAAACGAGUACAGCGGUUCCACAGCUUUAUCUACCUUCAGAGCCCGCCCUGUUCACAUCGAGAUCACUCAAGAAAUGUCUAAAGACACGAACGCUACGCUACAGAAUGAUAGUUUGCAUUCUAAGCAUGGCCAACAAUCGUCUAUGCCGGCCCUUGAUGACAGUAAAGUUGGUGUUUAGUGGUACGUUGAAUGGCUUCACGUUAGGCGUGUUUUUAUACCUAUUUGUACUCUGACUAUUUAUGUUGCCGGGACGCACGGACACGAUUUUGUAUUACAUGCGUGAGUGUCAUGAGAUUUAUUCAUCUCAGAAGAGU